GAGGCCUGCAAGCCACGCCGCAAGCACAUUCCCCAGUCGGUCGAGGACCUUGCGCUGGAGAUAUUUCUUUGUCUGUCCCUUUGUCGCGACAAUGGCUUCCGAUCUUACUCAUCAAGUUUUGGAGGCCCUUGCCUCAACGGACAAGCCAAUUCUCUCCAGCGAUGCCUUCCCCUCAGCCCCACCAACGUCCGUCAAGUCUGCCCUCGACCGCCUGGGUUCGAGAGAGAUGGUCCAAUAUGAAACUCUAGAGCGAGAAGAAGCGAUCUUAUCCCCUGAAGCCGAAGGAAUCGUCGCCAAUGGCAGUCAUGAAGCAAAGGUUUUCGAAGCGGUCCGAGCUGCCUUGGACGGAUUGAAGAUCGCUGAACUACCAAACGUCGUCGGGAAAGAUGCAGCCAAGGUCGGCGCUGGCAAUGCCUUUAAAAAAGGAUGGAUUAAGAAGGAUAAGGAUACUUUAAGAGCGGUUGCUGACUCGAUCGAGGAUACGGCACGAGAGCAGCUGCAUACUAUCCAAAAAACAAAGACAUUCCCGGAUGCGAAGGUCCUAGCAGAUUUGCGGAAAAGAAAGCUUAUUACGAUGCAGAAGGUUAUCAACUAUAGAAUAUCCAAGGGACCAAAAUAUGCUAGGGAGUUCGUUAAGGAGCAGACGGAUCUCACAGUGGAAAUGCUCGCUGAUGGAUCAUGGAAGACGGCGAAGCUCAAACCCUACAAUUUCAAUGCUAAGGGUGCGGUGACUCCUAGCGGCGCAUUCCACCCUUUGAAUAAAGUGCGUCAUGAAUUCCGACAAAUCUUCUUUGAAAUGGGAUUCGAAGAGAUGCCUACAAAUCGAUUCGUCGAGACCGGAUUCUGGAAUUUCGACGCCCUUUUUGUCCCUCAACAACACCCUGCCCGUGACCUUCAAGAUACCUUUUAUAUUUCAGACCCUGCAGUUGCCGACAAGCCGCGUGACGAUCCAAAAGAUCAUCCUCAUGUUUCAAGAGACUCGAACCCAGCCAGUUAUACAAAAAGCGAUUCGGUAAAACCAUUAGAUUAUGAGCGGUAUUGGAACGAUAUCCAUGCUGUGCAUGAGACAGGUAAAUACGGCUCAAUCGGCUACCGAUACCCAUGGUGCGCAGAUGAAUCACUUCGUCUUGUCCUUCGAACACACACUACUGCUGUAUCCGCAUACAUGCUUCACAAACUAGCGCAGAACCCACGCCCUGCGCGAUACUUUAGUAUUGACCGGGUGUUCCGCAACGAAGCUGUUGACGCUACGCAUCUUGCGGAAUUCCACCAGAUCGAAGGUGUCAUUGCUGAUUUCGGCCUGUCUUUGGGUGGCUUGAUUGGCUUUAUGGAGGUUUUCUUCGCGAAGAUGGGUAUUCACGGGCUUCGUUUCAAGCCUGCUUAUAACCCAUACACUGAGCCUAGCUUGGAGAUUUUUGGUUAUCAUCCGACGCUGAAGAGGUGGGUUGAGAUAGGGAACAGUGGCAUGUUCAGACCUGAGAUGUUGGAGCCGAUGGGUUUGCCUAAAGAUAUGAGAGUAUACGGAUGGGGUUUGAGUCUGGAGAGACCAACGAUGAUCAAAUAUGGUGUGAGCAACAUCCGUGAACUUCUCGGCCACAAGACAGAUCUCAACUUCAUUGAAUCGAACCCUGCUGUGCGCCUAGAGAAAGAUUAGACAGCGCCCUCUUAGAUGGUGAUGAAUUGAACGAUUCUCAUUCAAA